AUGCCGAUGCUCAAGGAUCCUUCCAAAAAAUACAAACGGUUCAAGCCGCUCAACCUCCCGGACCGAACAUGGCCGAACAAGACCAUCGACAAGCCGCCUCGCUGGCUAGCUACCGAUCUACGAGAUGGUAACCAAAGUUUGGUGGACCCUAUGGAUGGUGAGCAAAAGUGGAAAUAUUUCAAAAUGCUCGUAGAGCUCGGCUACAAAGAGAUUGAGGUCUCCUUCCCUUCCGCAUCCCAGACCGAUUUCGACUUCACUCGCAGAAUUAUUGAAACCCCCGGUACCGUUCCCGACGACGUUUGGAUUCAAGUGCUUUCGCCAUGCCGAGAGGAUCUCAUCCGCCGCACAGUCGAUUCCUUGAAGGGCGCAAAGAAGGCCAUUCUCCACAUGUACCUGGCUACAAGUGACUGUUUCCGUCGAAUUGUUUUCAACAUGACAAAAGAACAGAGUCUUGCAUUGGCCGUCAAGUGCACCAAAUUCGCCCGAUCCAUCACAAAGGAUGACCCAUCCACUGCCGGAACAGAAUGGCAAUACGAGUUCUCUCCCGAAACCUUUUCUGACACUGAUCCAGAAUACGUUAUUCAAGUUUGUGAAGCCGUGAAAGAGGCCUGGGGCCCAACCGAGGAACACCCUAUGAUUUUCAAUUUGCCUGCUACCGUUGAAAUGUCUACGCCAAAUGUUUAUGCCGAUCAGAUUGAAUACUUUUGCCGCAAUAUGACCGAGCGCAACAAGUUUGCCGUAUCUCUCCACCCUCAUAACGACCGUGGCUGUGCUGUUGCAGCUGCCGAGCUUGCCCAGAUGGCUGGUGCAGACCGAGUUGAGGGAACUCUUUUCGGCAAUGGAGAGAGGACGGGAAAUGUCGACUUGGUCACUCUUGCAUUGAAUCUUUACACCCAGGGUAUCUACCCCAAUAUUGACUUUUCAGAUCUCAAUUCCGUCAUUAAAGUCGUCGAAGAGAGCAAUAAGAUCCCAGUUAACGAACGUUGGCCUUAUGGCGGUCAGCUAGUGGUGUGUGCUUUCAGUGGUAGUCACCAAGAUGCAAUCAAGAAGGGCUUCGUGGCCCGGGAGGCUGCUAAUAGUAAAGUCGACGACCGCUGGGAGAUUCCUUACCUGCCUUUAGAUCCACAAGAUAUUGGCCGAACAUACGAAGCCGUUAUUCGAGUCAACUCUCAAAGUGGCAAAGGUGGUGCUGCAUGGAUUAUUCUCAAGAGUUUGGAACUCGAUCUUCCUCGUGGAUUACAAAUUGAAUUCAGUCAAAUUGUACAGAAAGAAACCGAGAGACUCAGCCGUGAACUCCGCCCAAGCGAGAUUGUGGCUUUGUUUGAAAACGCCUAUCAUCUCAAGACAAACCCUCGCUUUACAUUGAUCGAUUACAACAUCACUACCGAUCGAUCACAUUCGCCGGCACCAUUGGAAGCUGGAAAGGCGCUCAACACACGAAACCUCAGCCGUCGAUUUACGGGUAUCAUCGAGAUUGACGGCAUCCAACAUCCCAUUACUGGUGUUGGUCCAGGUGCUAUUUCGUCCUUGGCCAACGCGCUUUCUACUUUGGGCAUUGAUCUCGACGUGCAAGAUUAUAAGGAACACUCCAUUGGUGUAGGAAGCCACGUCCGUGCUGCUACUUAUAUUCAAUGCACGGCUUCCCAAUCGAAAGACGUCGUUUGGGGUGUCGGCCUCCAUCAAGAUGUUGUCCAAGCCAGUUUGAUUGCUCUUUUGAGUGCUGCUAGCUCUUUUCUCACAUCUCGCGCCGGCUCACCAGCACCCUUCCGCCCCGUGCGCUCCAACACUCUAACUGACGAAGACCUCCAAGCCAUUGAGCAGCUCUCAGCCAGCAUUCGUGACUUUGACGAGGAGCAAGAGAAAAAGAACGCUGCCGAGGGUGUGCAGAAACAAAAAGCCGAUAUUGAGAAGCUUGAAACAGAAGUUCAACAGUUGUAA